UCACUUCUUUUGAAGUCAUUGCCAUCUAUUUUGGAGCGUGUCGUUUCAAGUUUUGCCUUGCUAUAAGUUUUGUGGCCAUAAUAACAUGUUUCAAGACCAGUGAGCCACAAGCCCAGAAGUUCAGAAGUAGCCUAGAGAAGAAGAAAAAAACAGUCCUGCCCUUUCUGAAGAUUUCCUGUUUCAUGAAAAGUGCAUACAUACCGUCUGACUCAUAUACGGCAAGUUCUGCCUGAACUAUUUACUUUUCUAACCGGAGGCUGUUUGAGAGACGCAUGAGAGCAACAGGCAGACCGAAGAAAAUCCGAAGAACGUCUCGAAUUAAAGUCUGGAUAUUUACUAUUAUCAAGGCUUUAGUAAAUGAAAAGAAGAGGAGUUUAUAGUCCGUUUCUAAAUGGAGCUACUUCGUUUUUCCACUUUCUGGUGGGGAACGAUAAUGUUUGGUAGUAUUCUGUUAGAACAGAAAAUGGCCUCAUCAAUGACUAUGCUGAAGCUGAAGCGUCUGGUUAAGUUCUGUGACGUUGAGUCUACCAGCUGUACGGGCACAGGGAGCUGUAUGACCGACUGUAGCAUCACAGCCAUCUGCCCCCAUCCAGAGGACGUGUGUGUCAGCAUUUGGAGGAAGAAAGACGACAAUGUCACCAUAGACACGAUAUGCCACAACCCAGCCCAUAAGCUGCAUGGUCUGGUGCUGGAGGACUAUAAAACAGCAAGUGUGAGAUGA